AUGGAAGACACCAAAGCAACUCAAUCUAGUGAUUACCACAAAGAAAACGAUGAGAAACACCAGAAAAAGAAGAGCAAAAACAAGAAAAAGCGUAGCGGUGGGGAUGGCGACCACGGCGUUCCAACCUUGCCCGACGGUUUAGUCAAUGUGCCUAAUUCUAGUGAUGCUCAUCAGAACAUAUCCUUGAAAGAUUUGAAAAUGGCUAUGGAGGUGUUAAAUCUGCAACAAAAACCAGCUAAAACAACCGAAGAAGCUCUACACAAGUCUUAUCAAUUUUGGUCAACUCAACCUGUUCCAAAAAUGGAUGAAAAAAUCAUUUCUAACGAACCCAUAGAACCUCCUAAGUCUGUUGAAGACAUAAGGUCUGAACCUUAUACUUUGCCAGAUGGGUUCCAAUGGGACACUUUGAAUUUGAAUGAACCUUUAGUACUAAAAGAGCUGUAUACACUUUUGAAUGAAAACUAUGUCGAGGAUGAUGACUGCAUGUUUAGAUUUGACUAUCAAACUGAUUUUCUGAAGUGGGCCCUCCAACCACCUGGCUGGAGAAUGGAAUGGCAUUGUGGUGUUCGUGUAGUUAAGUCUGGCAGAUUAGUGGGCUUUAUUUCAGCCAUUCCUGCUCAGUUGAGGAUUUAUGACCAUGUACAAACAGUUGUUGAGAUAAACUUUUUAUGUGUGCAUAAAAAGCUUCGUGCCAAGAGAGUUGCUCCUGUUCUUAUUAGGGAAAUAACACGCAGAGUCAAUCUGACUGGUAUUUUUCAAGGUGUUUACACUGCAGGUAUUGUUUUACCUAAACCAAUAGCUACUUGCCGCUAUUGGCAUAGGUCUCUUAAUCCAAAGAAACUCAUUGAUAUUAAGUUCAGUCAUUUGUCUAGAAACAUGACAAUGCAGAGAACACUAAAAUUAUUCAAACUGCCAGAUUUGCCCAAGACUGCCGGAUUUCGUAAAAUGGAAAUUCAAGAUUGUGAAAAGGUGGUUAAAUUAUUAAAUGAUUAUUUGGGAAAAUUUGAUUUAGCUCCAAUAUUUUCAGAAGAUGAUUUUAAGCAUUGGUUUUUGCCCCAGUCUGGCAUAAUUGACAGCUUUGUUGUAGAAGCUUCUGAUGGCAGUAUAACAGAUUUUGUUAGUUACUAUACUCUGCCUUCUACAGUUGUGUAUCAUCCAGUACACAAAACACUAAAAGCUGCAUAUUCAUUUUAUAAUGUAUCUACAAAGACACCAUGGACAGAUCUAAUGCUUGAUGGGCUGAUUACAGCAAAGAAUUCAGGUUUUGAUGUUUUUAAUGCACUGGAUCUUAUGGAAAACAAGGAGUUUUUGGAGCCUUUGAAGUUUGGCAUUGGAGAUGGGAAUUUGCAAUACUACUUGUACAACUGGAGAUGUCCCAGUAUGGCACCUAAUAAAAUUGGAUUAGUACUACAGUAA